AGGGACCUCUUAAACACGUCCUGUCAACAAAAAGAUUUGUUGGCGAGAACACACAGUGUGUUUACCCUCUGACAAACACACCAGAUAAUACUUUUGUGUGCUAAACAUGUGUUAUUUUUUCCAGCUGAUUUAAACGCCGUGAGAUAUUGUAACAUUAUUAAAUGAAGAGGGAAAUAUUUGCAUAUUUUCUCAGCGUGACUACCCUCUGAGGAAUGGAUCGAUCAGUGGAUGAGACAUUAUGCCCUGAGGUUUUAAAGUGUUUGAGAAAAAUAAGUGAGACAUGUUAGAUUAACUGGUUUUUUGUCUCUCACUUCUCUCCCUCAUCCCGAAGACACAAACACCCAGUUUCUGGUGUUUCCAUCUUUGUCUGCGUUGAGUGUGUGUGGCCAUAUGGCCUCUCUUGGCGAGCUCUCAAUGGUGAUAAUACACACAUACACGUCCUCCGCCCUCUCCUCUAUACUGCUCGCAUACACACACACACGUUAAUAACACCUAUUGCCAUUCUCUUUUCCCAGUGAACCUCCCCCCCCCUCCCCUCACACACACACAUACAUACAUUCAUAUACAAAAACAUUACACACAUAUAUACAUACAAGCACAUACAUAUAAAACACGUACGCACACAAACACAUACACUAACACACACACACUGUCCACAAUGAACAUUGAGAGCAGCAAUCUACCCAAGUCGGUUGGCGGGAAAAACGUCACCACCCAUAGCGAUCGGCGUUAUGCCCGCAGCCAAUCAGAGCUCCAGCUAGGGAGCACCAACAACCGCAUCGUGCGGCCGCAAAUGGUCUCCCAAAACGGAGUUAUCACCAUCAACUCGAACUCUGAUAUUCCUCGUCGAGUCGACCUCAGGAGAGCCAAGUCUCUCCGCGUAGGGAACAAAGACCACCAACCGAAGAGAUACUCGGUGAUCUUCGACGUUCCGGAAAAGACUAACGACGUCUCUAACAACAACGAACGACAGGGCCCAAAGAAGCCUCCUAGAUUGAAGAUCCACGAACGACCGGAUGACGAAGAACAGCCAGCUGUAGGCAGCCCGAACAGUGGUUUCAAUUCCAUCGCCUUCAGGAGAAGCCUCGCUAAUGGACUAGCGAGGGUGAGAAGCUUCAGCGGCAGAGAUGCCGACGACAAACCGCGCGUGGAGAGGCGGCCAGCGAGGACCAGCGGUGCCUAUGUUCAAUUCCGCGACCAGGACGGCGACUGGCGGCGACACAGCAUCCGUAGGAUCUCCCAGUACGAGACGUGCGCCCACACCUUCAAGGUGAUGUUGAUCGGGGACUCGUGUGUGGGCAAGACCUGUCUCCUCACUAGGUUCAAGGACGGCACCUUUCUCAGCGGCUCAUUCAUCUCCACCGUCGGCAUUGACUUCAGGGUACAGCCUUAUCCUUCCUCCUUGUCCUCCUAAUAUUCCUCUCCUUUUCCUCCUACUCUUCCUCCCUGUGUUAUGUAAACACUCGCUUAUCCCUAUUGUAUACACUUUUCCUCCUCGUCUACUUAUCCACCUAUUCUUCCCAGUCUUUAAUUCUCCUCUCCCACUCCUAUUUGUCCUCAUCCUUCAUGCAUAUUUAUUUUUCUCCAAGUGUUCCUAUUUCACAUCGUCUCGCCCUGUGCCUCUUCCCUCGUGCUCUUGAUAAUGUAAGGAGCCCCAAGAGGCCAAUAACACCCACCAAACUGGUCACAUAUUGAUCAGAUACUCCAGGUCUGCACUAUUCAGUUCACCUGGAAUACUGCUGAACUGAAUAGUGGCUGGAAGGUGCUUCUCAGUAGGUAUUAUGAACUACUUGAAAAUUAAAUACAUAUUUAAAUGUACUAAAAAUACAAUAUCCUUCAAAACAUGUAUCUUGAAAUAUACGGAUGUACAAUAUUCUGAAAUACAUUAGAGUAUAGCUUAAAUAUAUGAUGAUAGACAACAGGUAACCUUACCUUGCGGUUACCUUGCGCUGAUUUCGGGGGUCAAGAUCCCCGCGGCCCAGUCUCUGACCAGGCCUCAAAUAAAUAAUCAAAAUGCAAUAUCACAGAAUACUACACUAUUCAAUAUCUUAAAAUACAACAAAACACUGUUUUAAAUCACAAAAAAGAACGGUAUCUUAAAAUACAACGUAGUAAAAUACAGUAAAGCACACUAUCCUAAACUAAACCACCCCACUGUCUAACAUACAUCAAAACUGAAAACAUUUAAACAUCAAAACACCGUAAAUCAAAAAAGUCUGUAAAUACUGUGACCUUAUCAAAUAUAUAUUACAAAAAUACUACAACAUUUAUUCUUAUUUAUGUAGAUUAUUUUGUAAUGGAGCACCAGAGUGUAUGUGCAACUUAAUACAUCGAAUACAUAAUACACACAAAAUGAA